AUGUCUUUCAGCCCUUCAAGCCAGGGUGCACGACGACUGACGUCAAGUCAGCCCCUUGAUCAGCGCCGUCAAGAUUUUACUUAUCGUCCAUCAAGUUACAGUCCUGGAAGAAUGACAAAAUCCGAUCGAUUCAAUUGUAGUGAUUCAAAUCAAGGAUCACGCUCGUUUAGUCCAAGCUCACACGGUGAUAUGCCACCACCAGGACCACGCGCCUCAUAUCAAAAGAAGACCAGAUUUGCCAGUCCAUCACCUCCUCGACAACAAUCCUCUGGCAGCUCUUCAAGUCCAGCUCGUGCGGUGAAGCAUUCUGAGGAAGCUAGUGAAAGAUGGGAUCAUGACAAUAGCAUACCUGCAGAAGGUACGUCAAAAUCAUGCAAUGGUAUGCCUCCUCCAAAUGGAAUCAAGCGAAAGGUUCCCAUGGACGAAAGCAUUGAAUCAAAUGUAGACUUCAUGCGUACCGUUCGAGCAAGAAGUUCAAGCUCGACAGAACCUGCAGCAGUCCCAACUCAAGAAACAAGUACCGAGGAUCCCAUCCUUAAGGUAAUUCACCACAUCGAAUCGUUGGCGGAAUCGAAAUAUCAACUCUGCAUGAUCACAAGCAAAAAGAACGAACUGAGCCGAGUGGCCGAAGGUGGUGCUGAGACAAUGAGUAAGGCGUCACAGAAAAGGUACAAUGAGGUAUGCGAUGAAGUGAAAUACCUUGGCGAGAAGGUAGAGGCAUGCAAAUCAAGUCUGUUUGGCGAUUUGAAGAAUCUUUUGAGCAUGCCAGAUUUGCACGCUGGUAGCCUUUGCAGAGCGUCAGAUGAGGAAAAUGGCAUAGUGGCUGCAGGCGAACAACAAACAAAUGGCGAUGGCAAGUCUAUCAAGAAUGAGCUCGAGGAACAAUCGGAUGAGGACAUACAACAUUUGAGCAACGGGGGAGGCAGCCAUGUCGAAGAAGUACUUCAAGAAGUUCUUGAGCAAACACUUCCAGGUUUGAUUGACCAAGCUUUUACCCGGCAUUCAACGAAUGUGCCCGCUGAUUACGCUUCUUCCUCAAGAAAGCGCCAAAGUACGUCAUCCAAUGACGGAGACUAUGCCUCAAAAGAAGCACAUACUCAGCACGAAUUUGAACUUGUCAAAUUACGUGGGCUAGUAACCGAAUUGCAGCUCAACUCGUUGAAGAAGGAUCGGGAUUUUGAACAAUUACAAAGCAGGAUGAACGACCUGCACCAAAAAAUGAAUGCUCAAGAACGCUUUGUCAUCUUUCACAACGCCGCAAUCCUUCGACAUGAAGCAUCUUUGCAAGAUUUGGACUAA